GUACUCUCGCCACCAGUCAGUCGUGAUCAACCAUCCGAGCUCGAAGCUCCCACGUUCAGACAAACAAACAUUUAUAUAUAAUAAAUAUAAAGGUGCUCCGCGUGUGAUAGUGAGCUUGGAGAAAUGUCCGCCUUCCUGUACCUCGUUUAUUUUGCGUUAUUGUCACUAUGUGUCUCGGAGCCAGCAGUGGAGCCUUCGCCAGAUAACAAUCAAGCGGAGUCCGAGGAACCGCCGGAAGGAUACUACGCCUUCGUCGAGUCCCCUAACGCGACGCCUCCAAGGGUCCGCCCUCCUCCAUAUCAACAAGUGUCGUCAGAAUGUGCGGCUGUGAGCGACCGCGCCCACGUGAGCGCCAACAACCUUUGCGGAGACCUUAACAGAGGAGUCAUCCCCAGGAAUCCUAUGGGACAGAGUCCUAAUGGGGAGCCUUAUCCCUUUGAGUUAAUUCGUAACCACACUCUGCGUUUCCUGUCCCGCACCCUACCGGUUCUCAGAGCUGAUGACGCCCUGCCCCGGGUGGCGCAUGUCUCUCAGCAACUCACCCCGGAACAACUCACAGAGGUUAACCAUAACAGUCUAGAGGAUCGUAUGAAGCGCUCCGUGUCGGCUGAGGUUCCUGCCAGUUCUCUCCGAGCUGAACAUCGCUCCGCAGACUCCGCCCUCCCUGAUGACGACCAGCCUCGGGAGAGUCGCAAGUUCUGUGACGGAGGUGGAGUGUUUUGCAUGUUAUAUCGAGCUAUUAAUGGUGAUAGUGCGGGUCCCGAGCGCAGAGAGGAUCCUGGAGUAACGCCUCACUCUUCACAUCCACCUCCCCAUAGAUACGAGGGUCCGCCAACUCCCUGUCCAGCAAGAGUUGAAUACGCAACUCCAGUGUUUGCUAGAAACUAUCAAGGAGUAUGGCGGUAUGUCGUACAGAUACCAUAUGAAGGAUAUUUCACCCAAACUGUUGAAGUAACAAGAUGUAUGCAGUCUCGUUGUCACUACCUGGAGGGCGGCUGUCUGUCGUCUCCUCGAUGGUUGUCGCUGUUGGUUGCGGAACUUCACUAUCCACCAUCAGACUCUCACACAACACACGCCAACCGACCGGAAUACAAUCAGUUUCCUCCAAAGCAGGAAAGUGAAAGUAGUUCAGAAAAACCUCAGCACUGCGACGGACACGACGCUCUUGGAUGCUAUCAGGUACGUCUGUACUACGAUUGGUUUCUUGUUCCUGGUUCGUGUAAAUGUUGGCGUCCGGAUUACUUCGCGCGAUACGUGAGACGCAACCGACACGAGCUCUAGACACAUUAAAAUACAUUCGUUUCUCACUACACUUAAUUUAUUGUACCAAUUAUGUCAUUGGACAUGAACAUUUUUAAAUCGAAUUACAAUUCUUUAUACAUUUUCCAUUUAAUAGAUUAAACUUUGGUAUUAGUGAGGAAGUAUUUAUAAAAUUGAUAAGUAAUCGGAACUUUUAUUUGUACAUGUUCUUAUUAAGAACAAAAUUUGUAAAAAUACUGUACAUAGAAAAUCUGUUUAUGGGAGAACAAUAAUUUAAUAUUUUAUAUAAUUUGGUGCUAAGCUUUUGCGACUUUAAGACUGCGUUAGUAAAAUAUUUUAUUUAAAAUAAUUAUAAGUCGAAAUACAGAUUGAAAAUAUUAUUGACAUACUUAUUGUUGUUAUAUGGUCUUAGCAACAUUUAUUAAGAUAAUGUUAUUAUUUAUUGUAUAACGGUUAGUGUGGCUGGAUCUGUAUGAAUCAAGUAUCAAUGGUAGUUUAAAUUAAAUAUAAGAAAAUAUCACUUAGAUGCAUAAACUAAACGCAAUACAGAUAAUAGCAAAAAAUAAUUAUAAAAACUCUUUACUGUAUAAUAUAUAAUAAAUGUACUGCAAUAACUUCUCAACUGAAUUUGCAUUUAUUUUUAUUAGUGUAUAUUAGAUAUAGGUAGGCAAUAAAUUUACUGUUUUUAAUAUAUAGCACUAUAAAGUA